UCAAUCAACUACAAAAUUAAAAGAAAAAUAAUUUGCCGCCACUCCCCCCACCCUUUACCACUCCCCUACCCCUGCUCACCUCCCCACCGUCCACUAUUGGCCCAUCACUCCCUUUCCCCGCAUCUCAUUCCUCCUCCCUGCAUCCCUUUCAACCCUCUUUCCCCAGCAUUCUCUCCCUUCCCCCACCCCUAAAACCACCACUCUCUCCCACCCCCACCCUUGAAAUCAUCAUCACCCCGAAUUAAAUUGAAUUGGGGCUAAUGUUGUCAAUUGUUCGACUCGGUGUUGUUAUUUUUGGGUGGUGACUGGAGCUACGGAUGAGGAGCAACUUUGAGCGUCAGUGAGAGAGAGACUGAGGCUGGUUAUUGUAGGCCGGUGGCGUUGCACGUUGGGUUUUUGCGGCUACCACAAUUAUGUGUGGUUUCGGUGGUGCGGUGGGAGGAUAAGAAUUGGUGUGGCACAGCAGCGGAGGUUUAUAGGAGGGUCUAAUUGGUGGGGGGCUGAAGGAUUAGGGUGAUCAGGUGGUGGAGUCGGAGCUUGCCUGUCAAGAUUGUGGAGUCAUGGAGGUGGUUGAUUUUUUUUUUUUUUUUUUUUCUUUUUGAAAAGAAAUUAUUUAAGGAUGGUGGGAGGGAAAAAAAAAAUGAAAGAAGAACCUCCUGAUAAUUUUUUAGCAGAAGAACCUCUUGAUAAUUUUAUAGCAGGUCACGGAAAAGUAUUAGCGCAUAGCACUAAUGUGCUUUCUUGGCCCCAAUUUGCUUUUAAUUGUUCUUGAUUUAGAAAUUUUGGGAUUGUGGAAUUAAGUACUUCAAUGGAGAUGCUUAUUUGUGAAAAGAGAUGGAGAAGAAAUAGAAAGUUAAAUAAUGCUUAAGAGUGACUAGUGCUUCAAGGAAGGUGAACAGAUGUGGAAAGGAGAGAGAAAGCUCAACACCAUUAAUGGGCAAGGAAAUGUACGGACAAUUUGUAAAAAAAAAGUGUAAGUUCCAUAUGGAGGUAAGGUCAACUAGUAUUUUGAGGGGUAUAAAGGUCCGUGCACUGCUUUUUAAAAAAGUGUAAGUUCCAUAUGGAGGUAAGAAGGUCAACUAGUAUUUUGAGGGGUAUAAAGGUCCGUGCACUGCUUUUUAAAAAAGCGUAAGUUCCAUAUGGAGGUAAGAAGGUAAACUAGUAUUUUGGAGGGUAUAAAGGUUCGUGCACCGUUCAUAUGAGCAAUCUCCUACUUUUUAGAAACCAAUUAAUCAUAGAAUCUUUCUCUUGGGUUUUAGCAAUAGCUUGCUGUGGAAAAUUAGGAAUUUGAAAAAUGUCGGGAACAACUGUAAGAGGGUUGAUGCUACCGAAACCAGUAACAUUUGUGACUGGAAACCCAAAAAAAUUAGAGGAAGUGAAAGCCAUUCUUGGUCAAUCCAUCCCUUUUCAAUCUCUCAAACUCGACUUGCCAGAAUUGCAAGGAGAGCCUGAAGAUAUUUCUAAGGAAAAAGCUCGUUUGGCUGCUAUUCAGGUUAAUGGACCUGUUCUUGUUGAAGAUACUUGUUUAUGCUUCAAUGCUCUUAAAGGGCUUCCUGGGCCUUACAUCAAAUGGUUUCUUGAAAAAAUUGGUCAUGAAGGUCUUAAUAAUUUGCUGAAGGCAUAUGAAGAUAAAUCAGCAUAUGCUAUGUGUGUGUUUUCUCUUGCCCUUGGACCAAGUGCAGAUCCUAUCACCUUUGUGGGGAAAACUAUGGGUAAGAUUGUUCAAGCAAGAGGGCCAAACGAUUUUGGCUGGGAUCCGGUUUUUCAGCCUGAUGGAUACGAGCAGACUUAUGCUGAAAUGCCAAAGGAAGAGAAGAACAAGAUAUCGCACCGCUGCCGAGCUCUUGCAUUGGUUAAAUCCCAUUUUGCUGAGGCUGGAUACACUUUUCACCCGCACAAUGCUUAAUAACAAGCAUUAAUUCUCUAAUAUAAUAGAAAAAGAUUAUGGAGAUAAUACUUGAAUAUUGAUUAUUUUGUGACAUUCGGAUAACUUUGAAUAGGUUUGAAUCUUGUCACUUAAGAUCUUAAGUCGAUUUCCUUUAUUCUUUUCCCCCGCUCUCAAGUGCUUGCAAAUUUGAGAGAAAUUAACCCGCGAGGAGUUCAUCUACAUACUUACCAACCCAGGAUUUUCUUCGUACUUUCCUCGAUUUCGGGUGCA